UCAUCCCCGCUGCCUGCUUUUCAUUCGCUGCCUUCUCAUCCCGCCUGUGUGCGCCGCAUCCAUACCAAGAUCCGUUCACUUAUUCACCACAUGUCCCCGCAGCUUCCACCCCAUUUAAUUACAUAAUUGCCUCCAAUCACCUCCUAUCGUCCUGACUGACAGCUGAUCGCCGCUUUUCACGUUCUCACUGCUGCUGCUCCACCAUCUCAGCACCUCCUCACCAACACUCGUGCCAUGCAGGAGGUGUAGCCCUCCUUCUUUUUAUUUCUGCACCGUUGGAGGAAACCCAGACGAGAAAAAAAAAAGGAAACAAAAAAAAAAGAAAUCUCCACCAGUAACAAGUCAAGAUGUCAGACCCCGACCCCUCCUCGCCGGCAGAUCCCCCGCUGCCUCUCGCCUCCCCACGCACCCCCCUGCAGCUCUCCUUCCCCUUCCUGAGGGAGGGCAGCCGGGUCUGGGAGAGGGAGAGGAAGCCGCCACAGCCGGGAGAGCUGCCCAGCCCACUGCCUACCAAACGCACCCGCACAUACUCAGCGACAGUGCGAGCCAAAUCAGGUCCAGUAUUUAAAGGGGUGUGUAAAAACUUCUCCAGGUCUCAGGGUCAUGGAUUCAUACGUCCUUCUCGUGGAGGAGAGGACAUCUUCGUCCACAUCUCCGACAUCGAGGGGGAGUAUGUGCCUAUGGAGGGGGACGAGGUCACGUACAAGGUUUGCCCCAUCCCCCCAAAGAACCAGAAGAUCCAAGCUGUCGAGGUGGUGAUCACCCACCUGAAUCCAGGCACGAAGCACGAGACCUGGUCGGGUCAGAUCAUCAGCUCCUAGAGCAGCAGAAGGCAAAGAGGGGUUCGGAUUUCAUUUUAGGUUUUGUUUUCGUCGCGUUAAGGAAAGGGACCAGGUCUGGGGCAGAGGGAUCAGAACUUGGCGAGUCUUACUUGGUUUGGUUUUGGAUGGUGAACACUUAAGUAUAAAGGUUAGGGUCAGAAAUUAAGCUUUGAAUGUAUAUUUUUGAAUGUUUUCCUUUGAAGGUCAUGGGUUUAUCAUUUGGGUUUGAAUGUUUUGGUUGAGGGGUUCAAAGUUGGGUUUAGAAAGUUGGGGUUCAGGGUUCGGCGCUAGCAUUUUGACCUGGGGAGUAUAUUUAAGUUGGGGACUCAGUGGUUGGUAGAGAAGUGAUGUCUUGGAUGAGUUGGGAUGUAUUAGAGGCCAAAAUGCAUUUUGAGCAAACCUGAAACGAUUUAGCCAGGUUGGCAAACUGCAAGAGAGUUUAAUAUGAAGGGACCAGCUCAGUGGAGGUCUGUCUUUUACACCCACUUUUAUUUUUCCAUUGCAGUCUCAGCUGAUAUGUAGUUAUGGGCCAUCGCUGCCAAACAUCAUUGAACAAAUCCAUUUGAAACAUACAUUUUAGUCAUACUGUGUGUGUGUUUACAACAACAGAUGGAGCAGAACGAGGAUCCAAAGGGGGGAAAGCACUUUUCUAACAGCCGUCUUUGCUGUUUACAGUAGGUUUGGCUUAACGUCAGAAGAACAGCUUGUCACAUCUGCCUUCAUAAAUUCAAAGCAUAGGUUGUUUGACAUGCCACUAAGAUCUACCAAAAAAGCAAACACACUUUCAAGUCGCUCUUAAUGCGUUUUGGCCUUGAGAGCUGUGAGAAGCUCCACUUAUUAGGAAUUAUUUUCCUUCUUAAUAUCGUAGCACUACAGUAUUUUGUCUACUUGGCAAGUGUAGAAAUCCAGUAUUGUUGUAGCCAGCUCCUAUGACGGUCUUCAGUUUUGGUGGUAGAAGGAUGUUGUGUGGCCUGCCGCUGGAAAACCAGGCCAGAGGGUUUGGGGUUUGGGGAGGAAACCAGAGAGGAGAAGAGGGUCAGGGAAGAGGAUGGAGUGAUAAUCUGUAGAGGUAGUUGAGCACUGAUGCAGCUAGAUUUGAGAUGUUAUAAAGCAAGUGAAAGGAAGAAGAACAAGAUUGAAGUCAGCAGUUCUCAAACUGUCGGUCAUCUGGAGAAGUUAGUGACAUUUGACAUUUAGGGAAAUACGUUAAUUUGACUUUAUGCCGAGAAACGACUAAUACCACUGAUGUCUGUGUAGAAAAUAUAAAAAUAUGGCCUGCAGCUACUUAGCUUAGCAUAAAGACUGGAACCAAAAGAAAAGCCUGGCUUUUUUUGUCCAUACAACAAACAGCACUGUCUUUAGGCUAGACUAAGCUAACUAGCUGCUAGCUGUAGCAUUAUUCCACCUGAAAUUAUCAAAUUUCUGCUUGGUCAUUUCAGGUUUGCUGGAAAUUUUUAUAGCAUGAAAUAUAGCUAUUUGAAAUGGUAUCUGUGAAAUUUUAUCUCGAUGUAUCAAAUCCUUUCCGAGAUAAAAUCUUUCUAUAGAACUCUCCGUCAACUCACUUUCAGCAGGUUUUUCGCACAUUAAAAUUUGAAUAGUUUGAACAAUGACAUCUCAAGAACUAUUAAAGAUAAAAGUCUGACAUUUUCACAGUUAUUUGUCAUCAUUGAUUUGAAAUCUGAAAUACUGUAUUGACAAAUAGAAAAAAUAGACUAUUAUUAUGAGUGAAUUGUCACAAACGUUUUAAUAUUAAAUACAUGUUCAGGCUGCAGACAAAUUGGUGGAUGGCCUCAUAUAAGUUCAGCAGAAUUUUGGAGUUUUAAAAUGAUUCUCUAAGAAUAUUUAAGAAUAUUUUUUCUCUUAGGGCCAUAUUUUUCAUUUUAAAACCGCAUUAUUUCAAACCCAAUCACUUCAGCGUGUGAAAAAACAUGCUGAAAGUUGGACAACUUACAGUUUAAAAAAAACAAAAAAAUCCUCUCAGAAAGCACUUGAUGUAUCAAUCUAACAUUUCACAGAUAACAAUUUAAAUAUCUGUAGUUUAUGAUAAAAACGUUUCUAGCAGAUCAUAGGUGGUCAAGCAGAAUGCUCCUGAUAAUUUGAGUGAAUGACCCUGUGGCUUGCUGUGUCCCUACUGAGAUGCUUAAUUUUUUUUUUACACAAGUCAAAUACAUCCGUCCAUAUGGAUGCAACUGCCGGAGUCGGAUCCAAAACUCAGAACUUUGUUACAACUCGAUGUCUGACAUCAACUUUAAGUGGAAAUACUUUAAGAGAAAACUGACAUGUUUUCUUGUUUCCAUAUAUUUGUCAGUUUGAAACAAACUUUUGAAAAUUGCAAACAAAUAUUUACAAAAAGAAAAUGUGCAUUGGGCUUGUUUCCAUCACCUACUUUGGAAAGAAUCAACUCUGGUGUGUAGUGAUGUCAGAAGGUGGCAGUAAAGACCGAGUUAUUACAACUGGAAUAAACACAGUAGAAGAAGAUGGAAUCAAAACCAGUUGCUUGCAAACUGUGAAAAAAAAAAUCUUGAAAAAGAAACAAAUAAAACCAGUCACUUCCUGUAAGAAAAAAAAUAGAAAUCUCUUCAGGAAUUGUUUUUAGUUGGGUAAGUUGUAAUGGUUCUUUCAUAUCAGCUGCUGUUGGUUAUAUUUUAUGCUGUCUGGACACGAAGACAAUGACAGCCGCAAAAACAGCCGAUUGUGAGUUAAAUGUUUGCUUCAACACAACUUAUCCAAUAAAGGUGUUUAAAUAAUGUGAUUAUUUCAGUAACAAAGUGCAUUAUCUCCUUUUUGAAAUAAUCAAAUAAUAACUCAUGCAAUCCUAAUUUUAAUUUUUUUUUUUUUUGCAAAAGUGAACAAGUUUUUUUUUUUUUUCAAUCUUUGUUGUUUCCAUCAACCCUGUCUAAUGCAACACUUUAAAAUGAGCCUGAAAAUACCUUCUUGAAACUGCUAAUGAAGACAGAAAUGUGUGUUUCGUUAAUGUAAUUAUAGGUGCAUUUUGAAGUGUCACAUUAGAAAAGGUUGAUGGAAACAACAAAGUUCGCAAAAAACUUUCUCAGAUUUGCAAAAUAAAAUCAAAUUCUCCUUGUUUGAGGUGUUUUUUUUUUUUUUUUACUAUUUCAGUAAAGAGAUAAUGCACUUUGUUAUUGAAAGAAUCACAUUAUUUAAACACCUAUUGAAUAAGUUUUGUUGAAGCAAACAUUUAACUCACAAUCAGCUGUUUUUGUUUUCUGUCAUUGUCUUCGUGUCCAGACAGCAUAAAAUAUAAUCAACAGCAGUUGACGUGAAAGAGCCAUUACAACUUACCCAACUAAAAACAAUUCCUGAAAUUUUCUCAGUUUUUUCUUAAAGAUUGUGACCAAUUUUGUUUGUUUCUUUUUAAACUGUUUUUCUUCUUCUUCUUCUUCUUUUUUUUUUUUUACAGUGUGCAGAGAACUGGUUUUGAUUCCAUCUUCUUCUACUGUGUUUAUUCCAGUCAUAAUAACUCGGUCUUUACUGCCACCUUCUGACAUCACUACACACCAGAGUUGAUUCUUUCCAAAGCAGGUGAUGGAAACAAGCCUAAUGCACAUUUUCUUUUUGUAAACAUUUGCUUGUAAUAUUUCAAAAGUUUGUUUCAAACUGACAAUUAUAUGGAAACAAGAAAACAUGACAGUUUUCUUUUAAACUAUUUUCACUUAAAGUUGAUGUCAGACAUCGAGUUAUAACGAAGUUCUGAGUUUUGGAUCCGACUCCGGCAGUUGCAUCCAUAUGAAUGUACUUGACUUGUGUAAAAAUAAAAAAGUGAAAUAACUCAGUAGAAAUAUGUACAAUUUAUACCCAUCAGCAUUUUUGUUUUACACUUAUAUAACAUAACCAUUUCCAGGGAAAUAGGACAGAGAUUGAAAGUAAAAUCUUGUUUAACUCCAGGAUUAAAGCAUACAUCAAUGAAAGCUAUUUUUUUCUUUUCGUUUAACUCGGUAUUCAAGCAAAUAAGCAUAUUUCCUAAAAUUUAGAAAUAUUUCUUGUCAUCAUUUCAAAGAUAAAAGUUCCAUUUACAAUUUUUCUUUCAUUUCUCUGCGAUAAAUGACUCCCUCUUGUGAAAUAAAGCGUUUGCACUUUGUUUUCUUUUUCUAUCAAUCAAAUAAAACAAGCUGAAAAAGAAAAACCAGAAUGAAGAGGAUGAACUGCGGAUUUUUAAUUGGAAGGUUUAUAAAGUUUCAGAUGUCACGGCUAAAGACUGUGAAAAAUUAAAAAAAAAAAACUGAGCAGCAAAAGCUUCCAGAUGUAAGUUUAAAAAAAACCAACUAUUUAUUUAUUGACUUAUUUAUUUUUCUUUGUAACUACAAGAACAUCAGGUGUUUGCUAAUUAAAAGCUGCAUUUCUAAGUAUUUGUGCAAGCCUGUGUGAAACACUGCACACCUCACUCUAAUGAUACUACCCUGUUACAAUCCCUUUGCUGCUGUCACAUCGCCAUCGACAGGCAAAAAAAUUAACUUUUCCCAACACAAGUUUCUAAUUUCUACAUGAUUAUAGUCUAAUUUUUAAUACCUGUGAUGUUCAAACUAACAAGCAGUUUUGUUGUUUUGGAAAUCGGCAUGUUCUGUGCUGUUUGUCGUAACAUUUCUGUAGAACGUGUUACUUCUGUUCGGUCAUGCAGUAACAGCUGGAGCCUUCAGAGAGGCGUCGUCAGGUCUCCUAUGCAUCUUUGAUUUCUUAACAUCAUAGUAGCACUGCAGCUGUUUGGUUUCUUUACUAUGAGAGGAACAAGUCGGAUUGUGUUUGAGCACUUUUCAUUUUUUACAUUUUAUUUUAUUCCUUUGUCAAAUCACUGUGACACUUGUCUUUUGUCGUUGAGAAAAAGUUUGAAUAAAACUUACUACUGUAUUCACA